AUGGGCUUGGCCCAUCAGACGUUUGCAUUCAUUCCUUCUUCUUUUUCGGCAGUAGCGCGUGCUACUGUUAAGCAACUUCAUUUGCACUCUAAUUAUGCGUCGAAGUUCCCAAUUUACCCCUUAGAACAAAGACUACACAAUCCACACGCCCUCACCGCCAUGUCGAUAGAGGAGCUGAAAUCUGCUAUGAACGAACACAUUGAUCUUAUGUCAGAUCUUGUUCAGAAGAUCUCUUCCGAACUUCGUACCAACCUUCGUCCUGCUUACGAUAACUUCUUGGGGUUCUUUCAUGCCAUUGAUUGGAAGGAACCCUGGCUACUGGGAUUGUUAACAUUCUAUGUUGUAUUGCUGCUUGUAACUAUCAUCUCUAGGAAGAAUACCAACUUUCAGAUGUGCUUGUUCUUUUUGACGUUGGCUGGUGUAUAUCUUGCUGAGAGACUUAAUAGUUUUCUGGGGGGAAACUGGAAAAGCUUCUCUAGUCAAAACUAUUUUGAUCCAAGUGGAGUAUUCAUGUCAGUUCUUUGGUCUGGACCUCUUCUUGCAUUGGCUAUGAUAAUCUUGAUCAAUACCCUCUUUUCCUUAUGCUACUUGAUUGUUAAGUGGAAAAGAGCUGAACUAAGACAUCGCGCAAGGGCUGCUCGUAGUAAGCAGGAAUAG